AUUCCGUUUGACAGCUAGCUCAAGUAGCAGCAUCACACUAUCAGGGAUAAGAACUGCGUUAUUUAAGUGAAAGCUUUUUUGAUAUAUUGGUGCAACUUCAAAUUUAUUUAAAUCUAUUAAGUAUCACCAUGUCCACCCCAAAGAAAGGAGACUUGUCCCCGAGCGAAAAGGAAUUGUUUCAAGUUAUUUCUGCAGGUAAUGUUCAGGAAGCCUCCAGGCUGCUAGGCUGUAAGGAUGUUCGAGUUAACUGCCUGGAUGAGUAUGGGAUGACACCUCUCAUGCACGCUGCCUAUAAAGGGAAGGCAGACAUGUGCAAGUUGCUCCUCCAACAUGGAGCUGACGUAAACUGUAAUGAACAUGAACAUGGCUACACGGCACUCAUGUUUGCUGGACUGUCAGGAAAGACUGACAUCACCUGGAUGAUGUUGGAUGCCGGGGCAGAAACGGAUGUGACCAACUCUGUUGGACGGACUGCCGCUCAGAUGGCAGCUUUCGUUGGUCAGCACGAUUGUGUCACUGUAAUCAACAACUACUUUUCUCGAGCCAGGCUGGAUUACUACACUAAGCCACAGGGUUUGGAGAAGGAACCAAAGCUGCCACCCAAACUGGCUGGACCGCUGCAUAAGGUCAUCAUGAGCACCAACCUGAACCCUGUGAAAUUGGUGAUGCUGGUGAAGGAAAACCCAUUGCUGGCAGAGGUGGAGGCUCUGGACAAAAGCAGAAGAGUGAUGGAGCUCAUCUGUGAGAAGUGCAUCAAGCAGCAGGACAUGAACGAGGUUCUGGCGAUGAAGAUGCACUACAUCAGCUGCGUGCUGGGGAAGUGUGCCUCCUUCCUGAAAGACCGUGAGGAUAAGCUGGACGGCCUCAUAAAGAGUUUGCUGAAAGGUCGGGACAGCGACGGUUUCCCAGUCUUUCAGGAAAAGUUCAUCCGCGAGUGCAUACGCAAGUUCCCGUACUGCGACGCCACGCUGCUGCAGCAGCUAGUGCGGAGUAUCGCUCCGGUGGACAUUGGAAACGACCCCACAGCUCUGUCAGUGCUGACUCAGGCUAUCACGGGUCAGGUUGGCUUCAUGGACGCGGAGUUCUGUACCACCUGUGGGGAAAAGGGAGCCGAGAAAAGAUGCUCCAUCUGUAAAAUGGUUAUCUACUGUGGCCAAGCGUGCCAGAAAAUGCAUUGGUUCACCCACAAGAAUGUUUGUAAGAAGCUCCAAGAGGAGCGAGAAAAGCAGGAGGCUGAAGCAGCCAGACUGAGGAUGCAGCAGAGUAAAGAAGAAAGUAGCAUUCAGGAGGCUACAGAUUCCAUGCAGGAACUCUCUGUAGAAACCAAGAGUGAUGAGACUCCCUCAGACUGAGAAACACCCGAACAGCCUGAUUUCAGGCACCACCAUCUUCUGGGUGCAUCUAUCCAGUGCAGUCAGCUAGGAAAUGGGAACACUGACUGGAAGACGGAUAGAGACUGGUCCAGGAAGAUACAAGAAAUCCAAAACGCAUAUUUAUCAACACCUAUGGACUGACACUAGAGACAUGACCACAGCUGCCAUCUUUUGUCCUUUUCCAAAUGAUAUUUUUUGUCAUCUGCAAAUGUAAAUAGGACAUGUACAACUUAUUUGUGUUUGGAAAUGUGGAAGGACACAUGGAGAAGUUCAGGUUCACAGCUAUAAUGCAACGUUGAUCCGCCUUAAGAGUCUGUAGCAAACAGAAAGAAGCAACCAUGUUUAUCUGAAGUAUGUCUUAUUUAUUUUUGUACCAACAGCCUCCUUUUUGACAUGUGUGUAAGGCCAGGCUGCUUCACCCUAACCAAAAAACAAAAAUCUGAGGAUGACUAUGGAAUGAAAUGUAGAUGCAUUGUUAAACGCAGCACAAAAACAUAAUGGUAAAAAAAUACAUCUGUGUCUACCGAAAUAUAAAUGUAAUUAGUUUUCUCACUCAUAAUUAUUAUACUUUUGCCAAGAAAAAGAAUCCAAAAUUAAAAUGUCAAUUUGAUUUGAAUCAUUUAAGCAUAUUUA